GUACGAGUUAACUUUAACCGGCGAACCAAAAUUACAGCUGAUUUAGAAUGUUAGUCUAGAGAAUUUUAUUUUAAAGACAUGUAAAAUGAUUUAAAAAGAAAUGGCGUAUUCUGCAGAGAAAACAGCUUCAGAGCUUCCCAACAGACCUCAAAAGUUUACUUGUGAGAAACACGCGAACAAAAUUCUAGGUGCUCUAAACAGCAUCAGAAAGAAGCGACACUUUUGUGAUGGAUGGGUUCUGAUUGACGGAGCAGAAAUUCCCGUACAGAAGGGUAUACUGGCAGCGGCAAGUCACUACUUUAGGCUAGUAUUUGACAAAGAAAAUGAUUGCAGUAAUUCACCUGAUUCAACAUCAUCAAGUGCAGAUAAUAGACCAGGAGUUGUGGAUUUAUCUCCCCUACAAAUUACUGCAGAAACAUUUGAAAUCAUUUUAGAUUAUUUAUACACAUCAGAGAUUGUUGUAGACGAAGACAACAUACAGAAUAUUCUCCAGGCAGCAGAUCUUCUUUUAUUAGUCGAGCUAAAACAGGCUUGUUGUGAAUACCUUCUGAAAUGUAUCACUGCACAAAACUGUUUGGGCAUCAUGGAUUUUGCCUCAAGAUUCAACUGUUUGUGGGUUCAUUUAAAAAGUACUCAGUACCUUGAAAACAAUUUCAGAGACAUCAGUUACUAUGGAGAGUUCCUACAGCUUCCUGUCGAACUGCUCAUUCCUCUUCUAUCAAUGGACACACUCCAGGUCCGGUCAGAGGAAGAUAUUUUGUACAGCAUACUGCGGUGGGUAAUGCACGACGAGGAAAAGCGAAAAUCUCACCUCCCCGACUUGAUCUCAAAUUGUCUCAGGGUUCAACUGCUAUACAAAGAUUCUGUUAACAAAUUGCCUGAUUUGUAUCCGGAUAUCCACAGUCUCAGGGUCAUAGAAAUGAUUCAGGACAAAUUGAAGAAUGGGACGGGGGUUACAGAGAGAUCCCGGGGGAUAAUAAAUCUGUUGAUGUGUGCGGGAGGGGACACACGAGUCAUACAUAAUCCCGAGGAGUGCAGUGGAGUGAGGAGGGAUGCCUACUGUUUCUACAUCCCAUACAAUUCCACCAAGCCUGGCGGUCACUGGCUAGAGCUACCCUCCAUGACACAGUUUCGAUGCUCUCAUAGCUUGGUGGAGACUGGAGGAUGCCUUUAUGCUGUUGGGGGCAAAGAUAUAGAGGACAGAAUUCUGACAACAGGGGAGAAGUUUGACCCCAGGGCCAAUCAGUGGACCACCAUCAGUCAAAUGCAUCAUGCGCGGUUUGGUUUUGGUUUGGUUGCCAUUGAUGAUAAUAUUUAUGCUAUUGGAGGCAGUAACGAUGUCAGAGAGCCUACCACUUCAAUGGAAGUCUAUAAUAUCUUCAGCAACAAAUGGGCUCCCCUCCCAGACAUGAACUUAAAGCGGGUGUGGUCUGCAUAUGCAGUAGUGGACAAGAAGAUCUACGUCAUUGCUGGUGGAAUGGUGGGGAAGUUAUACGAGUCAGUGGAAUGUUUUGACACAAGCACAAACACCUGGGCGUCAGUCUGUCCAAUGAGGGAGAGGCGUUGUGAUGCCCGGGCCACCGCCUGUAGGGGCAACAUCUAUGUGUUCGGAGGGUUCCGACGGUACGAGUGUCCAAGUGCAAUGCAUGGUGGGAACAACAUCAAAUUCUGUGGAACAGAGAUUUAUAACACAGCCCUGGACAGCUGGCAGCAAGUUCCAAGACAGCACGAGUUUCUGUGCAGAAUGACUGACGCUUCACAGAUAUUCUCCGUGAUCAAGAAUGGAGAGGAGAUUUGGGUCAUCGGAGAUUUGGAGAUGGAUGGGCGAUUUGAGUGUAUCAGGGCUUACAAUGUGUUUUCCAGGUCAUGGCGAACCGUUUCUGUAUCUGGUCCACCUAACUGUCGGGGAUACCCCUGCUGCAUGCUUCACAUACCAAAACAUUUGAUCGAUCUUAUGGUUAAAGACAAGUGAGUCAUGUGACUAUUACCAUAAGAGAUGGAACCUGUAUUGCCUAUAUAUUAUCAUGUUGUUAUACAUUUUAAUUUAUUCUUUCAAGAAAUGAUCAAUGAUAUGUUAUAGGUAAUUGUUGUUUUUUUUAAAUUAUUAAUUCUCAAAGGAGAGAGGAGCUAGUAUAUUGCUAACUUUUACGGCAUUGUGUAUUAUACAUAUGUGCAUUUCAUGUUAAGAUUUUAAAUCUUUUUUAUAUACUAAAUAUUUUUUGCAACUUCCUAAGAACAGCCAUCUUUGUCAUGAAGGUGAUAAUGGUUGUAAUAUCCAAUGUUCAUCUAUAUUGCCCCAUGUAUACAGUAUAUCAAUACAGUCACUGUGUUACAGUGUAUGCAAUCAUUCAUACAUGAACUGCCUUAUUGAGGUUUCAAUGAUUAGAACUAUUCAGGAGUAUGUUAUCCUGUUUCAGUGAUACUCUCUGUUUCAUGUUUGGGUUUGUCCCAUACAGCGAUGUGCCAUAUUAAGUGAACUUUUUCUGAAUUUUAUUUCAGGCAUUAAUGUAACCAUGCAAUUACAGCAGAGCAAAUUCUGCACAACGCACUUGUUGUACCUCAUGUUUGAUCAGUAAUCUAUUUGUCAUAUUGUGUGUACCAUGUCUCUGCGUAUCAGUUUACGUUUUAUGACGUAAUGUAUAAAACAAAGGAACAGAGCCUUAAUUUAGUGUCUGCAGCUUAAUGAGUUUAGAUGUCCUUUGCAAGUUUAAUUAAUACUUUAUAGAAAUAAAACAGUGAUUUCAGACA